AUGGGCGGCGACAUAGUUUCGGCGGCCGAGAAACUGACCGCCAGUGCUCCGUACGCCAUUCUGCCCGGAGUUCCGUCCCUUUGGGUCGAUCUGGCCGCCAGUUGUGUUCUUCAGUCAGUUUUGAAUUUCCCCGAUUUUUCUGGAACAUUUUUUUCUUAAUUUCCAGGUACUACUGCAUCAAGUACGUGUACCAACUGAAUUCGCGCGUCGAUUCGCUCACCGUCACCCUCGUCGUCACCCUUCGCAAAUUCCUCUCGCUCAUCGUCUCGAUCGUCUACUUCAAGAAUCCGUUCACUGGUAACAUUUUUGGGGAAAUGGAUACGUUUUGAAAUUCUAUUUUUGCUGUCCGGGGACUUCUGUUUGAUUAGAGUUUGUGUGAAAUUUGUUUCGAACUUUUUUUCACGACACUUUAACUACAAAAAAGAUCAAUUAGACACGCAAUUUUUCAAUGCUUUCAGCCCAACACUGGCUCGGAGCCGUCCUCGUAUUCGCCGGAACCCUCGCCUUCGCCGACAUUUGGGGCGGAAAUGCGUCGCCGAAAAAGGAGGAAAAUAAGAAAUCGCAAUAG